AUGGUACAGAAUUAUUUACCCUUCAGAAGUCAAACAAUGAAGGCUAUGGCUAUGCUUUCGGCGGCGCCACUGCUCAUCAACUGUAUAGCUGUACUGUAUCAAAGGCGGUAUAACCGGCUACACAAAUCAAUUCAUGGUCUGUCUUACGAUUUAUAUGUUUUAAGCUUUAUCUCGUACCUGUUCGCUACAUACUGCGGAGUUAAUUACUUGUUUUCGGCCCUGGUGCGAAAACAACUCAUUCAAAGGUUUCCCGUCUUCUUUCCCCAAGACAACCCUGAAAUUCCGGUGUCCAAGUCGAUUCUUUUAACAGACAUUCUCAAUCUUGUAUGCUCAGUCGUUGUCCUCAAGCAACUGAUGCGAUACAGGUACACAAAGCAUGAAUACCAAAGUGUGUCAUUUAUGUGCAUCAGCGUGGUUGUGGUCUGUGCUACUUUUUGUGUGUUUACUUAUGCAUGCGCUUCCCUUAACUUGCCUCUUAAGGAUAGUGGUAGAUUCGGCGUUUUCUAUCUAGAGCACAUCAAUUAUUCGUGGGUCAUAGGGACGUUUCUCUCAGGGUUCCGGCUAGUACCUCAAAUAAUGCUCAACUACAUGGGGACAAGUACUCAAGGAGUGUCUUCCAAAUUCAUAAUACUAAGCAUAGCAUCCGUGGUGCUACAGCUAACUGUUGGAUUAAUAACGCGAAAUCAACCGCAUUAUCGCAUGCCCCUCAAUGGCAAGCCUCUCUACGAGCCUGCCCUCCAUUUGGUGUUUCUCAUUUUCAUCCUCUACCAAGCACAGUACGUAUAUCGUAGGCGAACAGGCCGACUAGCUAAAGCAUUAUCAGCUGCUUGA